AUGCCCGAACCCAAGCUAAACGCCAAGAACCUCUCCUACAACUCGACCCUCCCCCCGUUCCUCCGCGCCCUCCACGCCCAGGCCUCGGGCGACGCCGCAUCAGGACCAGACCCCAUCUUGGCCGCCCGGCGGCGCGCAACCAAGAAGCGCUCCGCCAGCGAAGAAGCCGAAGACCAGCCCCUCGUGGUAGACGAGAACGGCGACGUCGUCCAGGUCGGUCUCGAUGCGGAGGGGAGGCUCCAAGAACUACCCGCGCCUGGGGAAGAGGACUCGACAGACAAAAGGGAAGAGGCGGACGAAGCUCGGAGGGAAAUAGAAAGAGAAAAGGAAAAAGCAAAAUUUGCCGGCAUCGGGCCUGGUCGGAAACGGAAGGUCGGUAAGGUUAUUGGU